AUGACGUAUUUAUUUGCGCCUGUUUGCGGUUUACCAAAAUUUUACCUGAUUUGCCAGCUUUAAUUGUCUUUUAGUUUGCCGUGAUGAAUAAGAGCAAAGGCAGUGGUGUUUCCUGGGUGAAACCAGCGGAGCCCUCCUUUCUCACGAAGUUUAAAACUGAUGUUGGCUACAAAGAAGGCCCGACUGUUGACACUAAGCGGCAGGAGAUGCCAUCACUGGACGAUGACAGUGGAAGUGAUCGAGAGGAUGAAUUACCUCAAGUUGUUGUCCUUCAAGACGGAGACCUGACUUCAGAGGAAGUGAAAGAUCUCAAGGAAGAAUCAAAAUCUAAAGGCAAACAAGAGAAAAGUGACGAGGCGCCCGCUGAUGGUAAAAUCAUCUUCAAGAAACCAGCAAAGCGCUCCUCCACUGAUAAAUUUCAAGGCAUAACUGCCAGCUCCAGCAAGAAGCCACGAAAUGUAGUCGAGAAAGAAGAGAAGAAGGAUGUGAAUCCUGGGAAAAAGGUGAAAAAUAGCAGCCUAUUGUCAUUUGGUGGUGAUGAGGAAGAAGAGGAAGACUAGUACUAUACUCAGUUUUGCUUAAUUAAUCAUAUCAAAAUAAAUUAAAAAUGAGUGUGUUCUGUGUAAAGGAGAGCAUAAGGGGACUUUUUUUUGUUUUUAAAUUCAUGGUGGCAAACUACUUGUAUUUUUUUGUGUUUAAGCCAACCUUUUAAACUAUAUAUUUUUUUAAUUCUCUGUAAUUGUCACUCCAUUGUGUAAGACAGUUCCUGUUCAAAACUAAUUGUAAAAUCUUAGAGAAUAUAACUGUAUGACAGGGCUCCAGACUAAAGAAUUUUACGAGACAUUUUUACUACACAGUUUAAGAUCCCUCACGGCAUGAUUCCCGGGACAUGACUAAAAAAGCAACAGUAUGCAAAGUUUCAGUCCAGUCUCAAACAACAUUAAGAAGUCUUGAAUUUACCUUUCCAUGAGCUGGAAUAACCUGUCAAUAUUUUCAUUUCCCCUCAUUUUUACUAGAUUGCUGAUAAAUGCAAUGCCUUAACUUAUUUGUGCUUUGCCGCCAAAAGUUAGGCUUUAGUGUAGAUUAGGAUUUUAUUAGCUCAACAACAAAAAAAAAGACUAAUAAUAAAAAAAUUUAAUCUGCAAAAGUCCUACUUGCACAGGUGCAAUUAGAUGAAAAAUCUACUUGCGUUGUGUCAAAUUUUAGGGGUGGAAUGCCCCCAUUUAGGAGCAGUCUGGAGACCUGUAUGAAAGAGUUACCAGCAAUAUUUGUACUCGGUCGUCAUGUUUGAAAUCAGUUUAUGCCUUGUUACUCAUUUUAAUCCGAUCAUCUGUAUUGAUGUAGUGUUACUUUUUUAUGUUUAUGUAAAACUUUUAGAAUUUUUUCCCUAAGUUUGUUCCUGCAUGGACAACCCCUUGUAAACAAAAUUAGAAUAUCAUGGAAAAGUUUAUUUACUAUAGAAAGAAAUGAACUUUUUCCCACAGUAUAGUAGUUAUAUAUUUGUUGUAUUGUCAUAGUAAAAUGUCACUGUGGUGGAAUCUUAAUACAUUUAAUGUAUUAAAUGUAAGAAUAUUUUCUGGCUUCAAAGGGAAGCUUAUCAGUGCAUUAGUUUUAAUGCAAGUGUAUAUUUUUAUGUAUGAUUUCAUUUUUAUGCAUCAUGUAAACAUUAAAAAUGUCAACUAUU